GCCUCCCCGCCAGAGACGGACAAGAAAAGGGUAAGGAGACGGGCGCUGGACGCUUGGAGAUGGGCUUGCAUGAGCACACGUCACAAAGACGGAAUUAGGGAAGAAAAGAGAUGCUUAUGCAUGGAGAAAGAGAAUUACAGCAUGGCGAAAAAGCAAUAA